AUUAUAAUUUCUCGAGAUGUGUGUAAAAAUGGAAAAAGACAUGUGAAAUUAAAAAUUGCAGUAAAAGGAUAUUGUAAUGAAAGUAUAGGUAGUACGGGUUUUGAACAAACCUUACCUGUAAAAAAUCAUACACCUAUCAAAAAACACAAAAGGUGUGGUAAAGAACCGUCAUGGGUAUUCAAAGAAGGACACUUUGUCAAGCCCAAAGAUCCUAAAAAAA